CAGCGGCAUAAAAAUGCUGACACAAUGGUGGCUUUGAUGAAGGUUUAUGAAGAAGAAGAUGAAGCUCAUCAGGAUUUGGUCACCAUGGCAACACAAUUCUACCAGUAUUUACUGCAGCCCUUCAGAGAUAUGCGGGAGCUCGCAACGCUGUACAAACUAGAAAUCCUGAAAUCUUUGCAGUAUGAUAAUUUGGGGCCUAGAAGAGUAGCAGCUUUGCAGAAAGAUGCUGAAGAGUGGACUAAGCGAGCUGAGAAUGCUGUGUGCUCCAUUCAGGAUAUCACUGUGAACUACUUCAAGGAAACUGUAAAGGCUCUGGCAGCAAUGCACAAACAGAUGGAACAAGAUCAGGAAAGAUUUGGUAAAACCACCUGGGCAUCAGCUUUGCCACGACUAGAAAACCUGAAAUGUAUGUUAGCUAAAGAAACCCUUCAGCAUCUGAGGGCAAGAGAGUUGUGCCUGAAGCAGAAGAGAGCUGGCAUUCAGAAAAAUAUGGAGAACCUCAGUGAACAAGAAGAGGACCUAACUGUAGUGGAGGAGCUGGAAAUACAGUAUUAUGAAACGCAGCUGGAGUUAUAUAAUGUACAGCUUGAAGUAUUGAAACAUGAAGAGAUGCUGCUUAUUGUACAGUUGGACGCUUUAAGGAGACAGAUUAAAGAGAAACAGGAUGAAGUUGUUUACUAUGAUACAUGUGAAAAUCCUGAGGAGCUCAAGGUCAUUGAACAGACAAUGGGACAACAUAACGCUAACUUGUCAGAAAUGACGAUGCUGAGGCAGAAGACUAAGCAGUUGGAGACAAAGCGUGGGACUGUCUGUGCGAGGAGAGCCUACCUCAGGAACAAAAAAGAUCAGUGUGAAGCAAGCCACCAGCAGAGACUGCAACAGGCAGAAGAAAGCAAAAAACGCUUCCAGCAGCAUCACAGCAUACAGAUAAAGAGAGACAAGCAAAAAGAGGAGGAGAAAAAGAAAAAAGCUUGGAUAAGCCAGGAACGCCAGAAAACACUGGAGCGGCUGAAAACUUACAGAGAGAAGUAUCCAGCUCAUGUUGUUCUGAAAACAUCUUGUCCCCAGCCUCUCAGUCCCACGUUGCCACGAAGCAGCACUCAGCUGCCUGCAGUACUGUCCCCUCCAUCUCCAUCUCCAUCAAAAGCAAGGGCAAUCCUAGGGCAGCCACAAAGCAUCCUGCUGGUAGAAGCUGAAGAAUCAAAAGCUUCACAUCAGAAUACUCCAGAAGAUAUCCCUGUCCAGAUUUUUGCUACUGAUGGUGACGCAGAGCAACAAAUGCACAACAAGGGAUUGAUGGUCUCUCCGCCCUCACCACCACCACCACCACCACCUCCUCUUUUACCCUCUCCUCCCCCACCUCCUCCUCCCCCACCUCUUCCCUUACCUCUCCAGUUGAAGACACCAUCAGCAACAGAGAAUAAGCCACUGUCCCUUAGCUCCAUGGAAAGCCCUGCACUGCACAAGCAGGAUGACUCAUCCAGGAGGUCUAUAAAUCAUUGCCUAGGUUCCAUGGAUGAGGUUUUGGCUUCUCUAAAACGCAAUGAAGUUCAUCUUCGCAAAGUGGAACAGGCCAAUCCAUAUGCCUCAGUAAAAGACAGCAUCCUCUCUGCCAUAAGGCAGGGAGUUAAACUAAGGAAAGUGAAUCAAGAUACUGAGAAGGAUGUCAGUAAAGGAUCCACUAAUGAGCUAGAGAGAAGCAUUAAGGCAGCCAUGCAGAGAAUUAAGAAAGUGUCUGCUGAUUCUGAAGAAGAAAACGAUGAUCAGAACAAUGGAGAAUGGGACAGCUAA